UAUCAGUGUAUGCAUCAAUUUGUCAAUCAGCUGAUAGAAACAAUGGCGGCUAAGUCGUGGAGCGUGGGAAAAUUGCCGCAUCAUGAGCAACAAGAAUUGUGCAUGACUAGGCCAAAGUACAGGCAAGGAAGAAAAUUCACAGCCGUCAAGGUUUACACGGUGUCGUCCGAGUCGGCACACCUGCUGAUCUUCGGUGUGCCCGCCCUCGGCCUCAGGGACGAGGUGAAGAAGCUGUGCCAGCGUUAUGGGGACGUCGCCGCCAUCGCGCCGUCACCUCGUGAGGACGACGAGCUCUUCACUGACACCUUCCACGUCCAGUACGUGCGUGUCGUGUCAGCAAGGUACGGCAAGCGACAGAUGGACAACCGGAAUUUCUAUGGAGGUCUGCUACAUGUCUGUUAUGCUCCAGAGUUUGAAACAGUGGCAGAGACUAGAGAAAAACUGGCGCAGCGGAGGCGAGAUGUAGCGAAGAGGCUCAAGCAGUAUGGAGGUAGUUCGGCACAGCAGACAGACACUCGUAAUGACCCGGCUGCUGCGAGCAGAACAUUAAAUGUCCAUACACCUCAGGUGCCCUGCGUGUGGGCCGGUGCAGCCUACACCUGUGAUCCUCGCACUCUCGUACCAAAUCCUAUUGUGCCAUCACAAGCAAUAAUUCAGCCCUUCGGCCCACAGUUACCGGACGAGGAAUGGAUACGUGCGGGAGUCCGCGAGAGGCGGAUAGUUGCAUCACACCCUGGUGUCCUCCGCGCUGCACCCGCUACAAGGAAUCCACCUACAACUGGUCCCGUGCCUCCGUCGCUUCAGCAUUCGCAGACAUUGGGUGCCCCGUCAACGGUACCGACCUCUCGGAAGUACGAGGCCAAAUUCGUGCCUCGGCAAGUAGGCGUGAAGAGGGUGGUAUUCAAGAAAAGCCAUAAAAAGGAUGAACACAAAGACGGACACAACAGCCCACAGUGUGCAGGUGACGCGGACCAAGCUGCCACAACACCGCCACUGAAGCGUGGCGCUGAUGAGUUGAGCCAGAAUGCCGCAGAGCCAGCUGCAUCGCUAGUUUGCAAGAAAAUCAAAGCCGUGGAUGCCCCAGAUGUGCCAACAGUUCUCAAUGAGAAAGAGGUGUGCUAACAGAAAUUGUACCUGAGUAUAAUAAUAAAAAUACUACAUUUAGGUGACACUGUAUAUUUUAUACACAUAUUUGUAAGAAAAGAA